UAUAUAAUUGUCUCUUUCACUCCGGCUAGUACCGUACGUGUGCACAAUGGAGCCCAACCCUCAAGACGCUAUCGGAGUCAACAUCUACACCGCUUCUCCCACGGAAGAAUCGACCCAAAUCCCAUCCUCUUCCCUGGCCACUCCUCAGGUUGGCCGGAAAAGGCGAGCAGUUGCUAAGGGAGUGCAGAAAACAAUAUCCAAAACUUCAAUGCUCGUCAACUUCCUCCCAACGGGGACCCUUCUCACGUUUGAGAUGGUCCUCCCGUCUGUCUCCGGCAACGGCCAGUGCUCUCCGGUUAGCACCCAAAUGAUCUACGCCCUUCUGGGCCUCUGCACCCUCUCAUGCUUCUUCUUUCACUUCACAGACAGUUUCCGAGGUCCCGACGGCAAAGUCUACUACGGGUUCGUGACCCCGAAAGGCCUAGCGGUGUUCAAGGCCGGGCUUGGAGUGGAAGUUCCAAAGGACGACAAGUACAGAGUUGGGUUCUCGGAUUUCGUCCACGCGAUCAUGUCGGUAAUGGUUUUCGUGGCGAUUGCUUUCUCGGAUCAUCGAAUCACGGAUUGCAUUUUUCCUGGGCAUGCCAAGGACAUGGACGAAGUUAUGGAGAGUUUCCCUCUGAUGGUUGGGAUUAUAUGCAGUGGUCUCUUCUUGGUCUUUCCAAAUACUCGAUUCGGAAUCGGAUGCAUGGCUACCUGAUUCUUCCUUUCCUUAUAUAUUGCUUUCGCUAUAUAUAUAUAGAUAGUUAUUUGGUUAUUUUCUGUUUGUUCUUGUUUUAUGUUGACGCUGCUUGUUCAUGUAUCAACUUCUUGCUUUCAUGAUUAAUAUCUGAAAGACUGAAACACCUAUUACAUUUCUAGUA